AUGGCACCCAGCCCGAAUGGCAUGAUGUUGAAGCCCCACUUCCAUAAGGACUGGCAUGGCAUGGCCUCAUGGUUCAACCAGCCAGCGGGGAAGAUCUGCAGACUCAAGGUCGGGAAGCCAAAGCAAGGCCCAGAGCUUCCAUGUCCGGACCCAUCCAGCCCAUCCCAUGGUGCCCCCACAGUGAGGUAUCACACCCAAGUGCAAGUUGGCAGGGGCUUCAGCAUGGAAGGGCUAUGGGUGGCUGGCCUACACAAGAAGGUGGCAUGGACCAUUGGAAUCUCAGUGAGUCCAAGAAGGUGGAACAUGUCCACAGAGUCCCUGCAGGCCAAUGUGAAGUGGCUGAAGGAGUAUGGCUCCAAGCUCAUCCUCUUCCCCAGGAAGCCAUCAGCCCCUAAGGAGGGAGAUGGCUCUGCUGAAGAACUCAAAUUGGCUACCCAGUUGACAGGACCAGUCAUGCCCAUGUGGAAUGUCUGUAAGAAGGAGAAAGCCAGAGUCAUUAGAGAGGAGAACUUCAAGGCAUUCGCUGGUCUUCACGUGGUCCAUGCCCAUGCCUGGCUCUUUGGCAUCUGGGCAAAAAGAGCCAAGGAAGCUGCAGAACAGGAUGUUGAGAAGAAAAAAAUAAAGUAUCACUGGCAACUUGUGAUUAUGGACUGUGGCUUUGACCCGCUCCACCCCUCUGUGAAUGGUCUCACCGAGCAGCGGCCAGGUGUCAGCCGCAACCAGGAAUGUUGGAGAGACCGUGCUGCUGCCGAGGCCCAGAGACUGUGGCUGAGUGCCAGCCCCCCGCAGAAAAAGUUCACGCGAUCGUUUAGCAGCAGCGUUUCAAGGAUUAUGGAAAAUCACAACACAUACCUGGUGCCAGCCUUCACCCCCAACAACCUUGUUCCAGCACCACUUGUUUUGGUUUUUAAUAAGAGUGACAGUUUCCUGAAACUUUCUACAUCUGAACUGGUGGCAGAAAUUGGGUUAAGGAUGUACUUGGAAGACAAAGCUGAAAGAUUGAAGAUUAUCAUUCUGGUCCACUUCAUUUUAAUUGUACCUGUUGAGCUGGAAAUGACAGCUACCCUCGAUGGCUGGAAGAGGAAAUCACAAGGACUUGAUUUACAGAUGGGUCAGCAUAGUAUGCUGGCACUAGCCAGAAAUGGACUGCUGCUGCCACAUUACAACUCCAUUCAAGUGGCCAAAACCGGAAGAUUGAGUAUAAGGAAAAGGUAUAUGGAUGGAUCUGUGAAAAUGGACACAAACAUACAGAUAUUUGUCUCAAGUUAA